AUGCGCGAAGCCAUCGAGGGCACUGGAGCCACCUUCCAUGACGAGGUGACGGCCAUGCCGGAGAUGUAUGAAGGGCGUACACCAGACAUGUUUGGAGCCUUGACAGAUGUCACCAAGGAAUACGGCUUGGAAGAUGACUCUUUGAUGGUAGCUAUGUGUAAAAUCAAGGAGAUCAUGAGUGAAAUGAUGCUUCCAGGUCUCUUGCGAUGGCUUAAAAGCGUCAAUGCCCAAGUAGUGGUGUGCUGCCCACUGCUGAACCGCGAGGCCUGUUGGGGCGCCCAGAUCACCGGCAUUCCCUGCGUGGGUUUGAUGACCACGGCGGGACCUGGGAGCAUGGCCCAUGCGAUGAAAGACUUUCUGGAGAAGAUGGGGAUGACCGUCGAGGAAUGCCUGGAACACCGCAAGAACUACCAGCCACUGCAGGAGUGCUUUGAGCGCUUGCGAUCCAAGUGCCCUGGUGGCCAAUGGCGUCAACAUGGCACGGAUGAUAUGUUGUGUUCUUAG